CUUGCUUCUGGCGGACCAGCCACAGGAAGUGUUCAUGGAACUUUAAACAAUGCUGCGCAAGCAUCUUGUAUUACCAAAGUGUUGUCAGCUUCACAGAAAUAUAUGCGUGAACAAGAGGUAAAAAAUGGGUUUUUUUGGUUUGGCUUUUUAGAUGAUGCUACUCUGAGUGUUCCCACACUAGGAAAGCUGAAAAGGUUUCUUGACCACAGCGGGAAUCGAACCCACGAUCGUCACCGCGAUCACACAAACCUUUCAGCCUGCCUGAUGUGGACGCAGAAUAGCAUCGUGUCAAAAAAUUCCACCUGCAUACAUACACCACAACUAUUACAUUCGUAAAUAAUGUAAUAUAUAGUUGUGGCAAUGAUAAUUUAAAUUACAAAUAGGGAAAAUGCUUUGUUAAUUUCAUCCACAGGGUAAUAUCAGGUAAGAACAUUAAUUGUGUAAGGAAUAAUUAUGUAACUUCUAAACACAAUGGAGAAUAGAAUUAACUGUAUCAAUUAAUGGGAGUGAAAGCGAAAACCAGUUUUAUUACCCAAAAUAUCCCUAAAGCAAUCAAAAGUAAAAAAUCAUAAUUGUUUACGAUGUAGUUUCCACUGAAUGGAUCUAAUAGUAGACUAGUUUAGUGCGGGCGGGAGAAGAGAGGGCGUCGUUUGAGGAAACGCCAGCCCAAAUCGCUAUGACAAAUAUGUUCUCGCCCAUUAAGGAUGAUUGACGUUUUGUAAUUAGCACCUUCACCCAUUAUCCAAUCAUAGUCGAGAUUUAUAUUUAGCAUCAUGCAUGCUUUUUGCUCGACUACUAGGGAGAUUUGCAUUGAUUUUAUGUACUAUUAUUUUAAAACAUGAGCAGCAGUGUUUUAUCAGAUAUAAAGGUGGUUUGAUAAAACACGCACUGCCAAUGUUUUAAAUUGCUUCAAAAACGAUCGAUCGAGUAUAAGUUCAUUGGCGGAGUAGCUUUCGAAAAAUUCGUUGUGUGUGUAGAGAAAAUCAAAGUUUAAAAAAUCAAAGUGUAAAUCAAGGGAAAUCUUUAUCACAUAUAAAGAUACGACACGUUUAUGAUUUUUCUUUGUGUUUUCCUCAUGAAUUAUUAAUGCCUUUUUGAAGCUAUUUUAGACAACAGUCACAACACCUCUAGAGCUUUUAUCUUUUAAAAGACCCCUGAACCACGGUUGUUUAACGUAUCCUGCCGUAUAGCAAAUAACAGUUGAGCAUGUUUUGAAAUGUUAUUCUUAAAAUCAUCAUCCAACCUCAUAGCUGCAAUGCCAAGUGAUGUAGCCUCAACUAUCUGAUCUUGAAUUAUACUUUAAAGUGAACAAAUAACAAGACAACUAUAAGAAAUAUUCGACCCCUGCUCGAGCAAGCUUUGAUUUGCCGAUAUAUUUAAAAUGUAUAAUUGAAUAAUAGACUUUCUCUGUUCUGGUUUCUGCUGAAUUUUGAAGCCGAAAUACUUGAAAUAUAAGAAAGAGUUUUCCUCGAAAGCAUCAACAGGUGGCAUAUUUUCGAUACAUGAGCAAAAUUAUUGUUGACAUUUGAGUUACGUAAAUACUUCCGUUAACGAGAUUGACCAAUGGGAAGCUUUUCCGAAGUGUCUUCGGUGAAGAACAAAUUUGUCAUGGGCAUUUGGUCAGGCGUUUAUUCAACGACGCCCUCUCUUCUCCCGCCCGCACUAAACGCCUGCUACGCAGGCUAAUAGUAGACUCGAUAUAGCUUCUCUAGGUGUCAAAAGUGAAGCCAAAUUAUAUAUGCGAAAACCACUUCCGGGGACCACGGAGUGAUACAAAUUACUAUAGAAAUAUAUGGCGAACAACGUGAACCAAGGUGAGUUUUCCCGAAUUUGAGAUACUGGGCGAAGUUUUACCAAGCUUAUCGCUGCACCGUGGGUAAAAGAUGUUAUGUUAAUGCUUUUAAAACGAAAAUUAUCCGGAUUGCCCUAAAAUAUCGUCAGUUUUGUUCAUCCAAAGUAUUUUAAAUAGUACAUGAAUGAUCAAAAUUAAUGAACAAUACACUCAGCCUCUGGUGUCUCUGCACUAUAAAAACAAUAUACACUCUGCAACUGAAAGUUCAAAAUUCAACUGUAGUAGGCUCACUCUGCAGAAAGCUUCAUUAAGAUUGUUUUCCAGUUUAACAGAAUAACAAAUAAAUACAAGUACUAAAAGUACAAAUAUAUUUAUUACAUAUCUUUAUAACUUAGACAUAUACUGACUACUGCAUAUAUAUUCUGUAAAAAGGCUUACUAAGAUGGAUAAUUGAAAGUUUGAAACCUUCUAGUCGAUCAAGGUUAAACAUAAAUGAUAAAUGAACUACUUACUUCCCUUCAAAGGAUUGCUUGAUAAUAUUCUGCCUCUGUAAUCGGAAAGCAAACCAGAAAUUGUGUUGUCAUACCACUGUGGCGAUAAAAUAUUAUUCCCGCAUGGACAACUUUGAACGAACAAAAAUGACGAUAUUUUAGGGCAAUCUGGGUGAUUUUCGUUUUAAAAGCAUUAAUAUAACAUCUUUUAUCCACGAUGGAGCGAUCAGCUUGGUAAAACUUCGCCAAGUAUCUCAAAUUCGGGAAAAUUCGCCUUGGUUCACGUUGUUCGCCAUAAAUUUCUAUAGUAAUUUGUAUCACUCCGUGCUACCCUGAAGUGAUCAGUUUUCGCAUAUAUAAUUUGACUUCAUUUUUGACACCUAGAGAAGCUAUAUCCAGUCUUCUAUUAGAUCAGUGGUACUUUUCAGUGUGGUCAACACCCGAGGACGAGCUAUAAAUUUGUCAGUCUGUGUACAGACUAGCGCGAGAGAACGUCUGUGAGUUGGAUGCAUAAUCCGGGUUCAGAUCACGUGGAUAGUUCCCAGAUUUGGCGACAGGCCUCUGAUUGGACAGUGCUUUAUUUGAAUAAUUUAUGACAAAUGAAGCUAUUUCAUUGGUUAAUUGAUAAUUAGCAUGCGUUUAAAAUAAGGACACAAAAAUUUUAAAUUCAGAGAUUUCCAGAUCAAGAAUCAAGAUUUCCUUUCGGGGCAUACAAAAGUUUGAAAGACUUGAAAUACAAUCUGAAAAACGAUACACCUGUCCAGAAAUAUAUUGCAUAUACUUCUCGAUGAAGAGAUUUGUUUUGAAUGGGAACAAUGCUGAACGAUGAUCAAUGCCGGCAAGUCCGGUUGUACAAGCUUAGAUCUUGGCGUACAUAUGGCGUAUAUUUGUUUACAAAGACAAAGUAUUAAAUAUAAAUACAACUGGUUAUUCAAAAGGUGUAUUUUAAAGUGAUUAAAAGUUAACUGGCCAAGUAAGACGAAGUUAAACACAUUACAUGUAAAGAAAAUGCUUUAUCGCGAGGGGUCGGGACAUAUAAACAAAUUGUCAAUUUAUUAAAUUGUCAAUUAUAAAUUGUCACUUUCCGUCCGAUAGUUUGUUGUAUUUUAUAUAUUUGUCAGCAUUGUUCGCCGAGUGUCCAAACACUAGAAUUUUAUCUUGAUUUUCUUAAACUUCGAUACAGCACAAAAUUAAACUCAACAGAUUAUAUUUCAAGUCUUUCAAACCUUUGUAUGCCCCAAAUGAAAUCUUGAUUCUUGAUCUGGAAAUCUCUGAAUUUAAAUUUUUUGUGUUGUUAUAUAAACGCAUGCUAAUUAUCAAUUAACCAAUGAAAUAGCUUCAUUUGUCAUAAAUUAUUCAAAUGAAGCACUGUCCAAUCAGAGACCUGUCCCCAAAUCUGGGAACUAUCCACGUGACCUGAACAAGGAUUAUGCAUCCAACUCACAGACGUUCUCUCGCGCGCUUCGUCGAAAGUAACGGCUGUACACAGGCUAUAAAUUCGUCAAACUGAUGUGUUCUUUUUUAUUUCAAAAUCACAGUGCAAGUUUUUCCAAAGUUUUGCUUUCUAUUCCCCCGUUCUUCAAAUCAGGGAAAAUCGUAAACGAGAACAAUUAUGUCACAGUUCUCAAAAUCUGGUUUCAUCCUUUUUUUUCCAGAUGAAUACAAAAUGAAAUUUGCAAUCGAAUUAAAACAUCACUUCCAAUUAUUAAAAUCAAGUUUAUUACGAUUAAAUGAAGUUUUUAGAAAUUAUUCCUUUCUUUCUCAGAACGAAUGUAGCUUUGUCAGCUUGCGUGAUGUCGAAAGAGCAAUGAAAGUUAUCACAUGGUUUCAUUCCAAUCCCGAAUUGAUCAAUUGGGUUAUUGGAGAUGAAGAUAAUGACAGAGAUCAAGAUAAUGAAAGUUCUGACGAAUCUGGUGACGACGAAAAUAAUGAUGACGUUGAACAAGUGAGGUUCUUGAGGUUCUUUCUCCUUCUGCACAAAAUUUUAUUAAUCAAGCACAUUAAGUUAAGGUGUCUAAGGAAAACGAUCUAGAACCCUUUUCGUUUUGAUUCUCGCCAAAGCUGGCCUGUGAUGUUAGGCCAUUAAAAGACAAAUAAUUGGUGACUGUAUUAUGUUUGUCUUAUUGAUAUGCAUUCGCUACUUUCUAUUUUUACAUUUUUUAGCCUUUAAGUCAAAUUGUCCGCGCUGUAAUCCUCGGCAUUGGUGUGUGUUAUUAUGCAAGAUUAAAUGAAAAAGAAGCAUACUGCGAUUAUAUUUGCGGAUAUUUUGACAAUUCAUGUCUGUUAUCAGGAGGUGCGUGCAGGAUGCAAAAAGAAAUUAUAAGGUGAGUUAAGUAGAUUGGCGAGAUUUACGCGGAUGGAAGGUUUAAGUUUUAACAUUAAUGUUUGUGCAUGUAGAUAGAGUUGUUUCAAAUGCACUUCAAAAAUGUACGGGUGAGGUCUUUAAAUUAAAUAACAAUUAAAAUUGCACAAGUCCAAAAGGCGAUACCUAAUUGUUCUUCUAAAUGCCAUGAGAAACCUUGAUAUUAUUUAAAAAUAUACAAGAAAAUGGUUUACGUCUAUGUAUAAUUUCGAUUCAAGAGCUUCAUUAACUUGUACCUUCGUUCCUGACGUUAUUUCCCCUUCACUGCAUGGAUGUUUUAUACCUCACUGAUUCGUUUGAAAAUUUGAAGAAAAUCUAAUUUACCAAGAAUACUUUUUCCUCUAUAUCAAUGCCAGGUGAAGAACACAUUCAUUUUCGUACCGUAUUUCCUUAUAUUGCCGGUUAGUAUAGGACCUGUAUAUGAGUUUGUAUGCGUUUCAUUUAGGACAGGUAGUCUCAACUGUUUUGGGGAAAAAUGACCAUGGCGGUCAACAUGGCAUAUGUGCCAAAACCUGAAUCCGGGACGAAAGUCCUGAAAAUGACCCCGCCCUGAAACGGCAGUGUCGACAUAGCUCUAACUUCCGAAAAGGAAAAGCGAUAGUCUUUCUGAAGUGCUUAUAGUGUAUAGAAGGGUUGCUUUUGGGGGUGAUCAUUGUGAGGAAAAAUUUGUCUAAGUAUAGUAUUUUACAAGAAAAUGACCGUGCACCACACCAGGUAAAUUGCUAAUUAUGCAUAAAAUAACUAAUAUGCCUGGAAGAAAUGAAAUUUUCUUAUUUCCUUAAAAAAAUAAUCAUGGGAUGAAAAACUAUGCUUAAUUUAAUAUAAUUAUUGUGGAUUUCAUAAGGAUUGUCAUUGUUUUCUUUAAAUAUAAUCCCCAAGCCAACGGCGCCGUUCCGGGCGUAAGCCCGGGGCGAGGGUACUAAUUCCGCCCGGCUAUUUACACCCGGGGAAAGAAAGGAACGCACUAGGGAAGUCUAAAGUUCAUCAAAUACCGCGGGCGCAUUGGGUAUGGGUGGUCAUCUCACUGAUCUCAAAAUAUGGCUGUUUGCCAGGAGUGAAGAAGGGAAAACUAUAAAAAUUACAUGUAAGAAAGCUUGGAAAAUCGUUUCACAUAACAAAUUGUAAAACUUUUUUGCAAUUUUUAAAUGUUAACAUUUAUAAGAAUUGAUUUAGUACGAGAAAUCCUAAAGUACUAGAAAUACAUGCAUGCAGUACCCCCUCGCCAAUAUUUUCCAAACAUUAAAUUAACAUGAAGUAUUCAGAAAUGACCAACACUGAACGCAGGCUCGCGCUCAAGUGUUGCCAUGACAACACGAUAUUCUUAAAUUUUUAAUUUUUUUUCAUAUUUUUUGUACAAAACUGCAAAAUAGUUGAAAGAUUCGUACUUUUAACUGUACAACAAUACAUUUCCGAAAUAGUAUACUGUGGGUAUUUUAUUUUGCAUUUUUGUGAGCUUUGAUUUAAUGUAAAAUUUAACUUGAAACGCUUCGUAAAAUGUUUUGAAAUGUUCAUUCAACUAAACUACAUUUUGCCGAUAAACUGUUUUCACUUAAUAAAACAUAGUAAGUUCAGUGGCGUAGCCAGCCCGACAAUUUAGUCCCGCUAUGCAAAUUCAAAAUUAUUAUCAUCAUUCAUUUCUUUAGAAAUCGAUUGUUUUCACAGUCAAUGAACACGAGAAUAUUUGCAUAGCGGGACUUAAUCGUCGGACUGGAUACGCUACCGAAUAAGUUUAUAAAUACAAAUAAAACACAUUGUUAGGUAAUUUCAGUCCAGUCUUCAAAUCAAUUUGUUCGCCUUUACAUUUUAAGAUUUUUUCUCAAAUUAAUUAAACGGUAAUUUAGGAAACUUAGAGCUUCGUUGAAAAGGAAAACAGUUCAUGUUUUUAGGCAAAAAGUUAAAGCAACAAAAUUCGUAAACAUUAAGUAUUCAAAGAAAACUUGCCGUAUAUUUCACGAUUUCCCAUAGUAAAUCAAUUCUUCUGAUUUCUUCAAACAAAAUUGCUUCAAGCUUGUUGUAUAUGAAACGAUUUUCCAAAUAUAUGUCUUUUAAAAUUGAAAUCUUGCUUAUCCCACUCCUACAAGCAAACAGCCAUAUUUUUUAGAUCAGUGAGAAUGACCACCCACUCAAGAUCGUUGGUCACGCCCGCGAUUAUUCAUGAACUUUAGACUUCGCUAAUGCUUUCGGUUCCCCGGGUGUAAAUAGCCGGGGGGAAUUAGGACCCUCGCACGGGGCUUCACACCGUCGGCUGUGAGAUUUUGUUUCAAUUGUUUAUGUAUGACUUAAAUUUGUAUUAUUAUAGACUUUGUUCUUGUUGUUCAAGUCUUUCCUAUGCAUUGUUGAUUUCAAAAAGGCUUUUGAUCUUGUUGAUCAUGAAAUCCUAAUUCUGAAACUUAGAAUGUUCGGAUGUUCUCCAUUAGUAUUGAAAUGGUUUGCGUCAUAUCUUAGUGAUCGUUAUCAACGCACUUAUUUCAAAAACACAUUAUCCGAUAUGCGUCCUGUUAAGAUAAGUGUUCUUCAAGGAAGUAUUCUCGGCCCCCUUCUUUUUAUCUUAUUUAUCAAUGAUCUCCCUUCUCAACUUUCGCACUCAGAAUCCACAAUGUUUGCAGAUGACACCGCCGUUCUAACAGAAGGUUCUUCCUUUCAUGAUUUAAAUGUGAAACUUAACCUUGUUGCUCAAGAUCUCUCAAUAUGGACUCAACAAAACCGAAUGGUGACUAAUACAUUGAAAACCAAGACCAUGCUCAUUCAUUCUCCGCAACAACUUAAGAAUACUUCAGACCGUUCUCUAUCAGUUACUCUUAAUGGCAACAUACUUGCACAGGUGAAGCAAGCAAAAGUGUUGGGUUUAACGCUUGACGAGUUUUUAAUUUGGACAAAGCAUAUUGACAACUUGUGUUCAACAAUCAAUAGUAAACUUGCUUUAUUACGCAGGAUUAAACCCUUUUUAACUAAGGUGAUCGCUAGAUAGUAUACUUCAAAAUAAGGUUUUCAUUUUUAUAACGUAGAAAAAACUAUCCUAACGCAAAACUAAACCCUAACCCUAAUACUAACCCUCACCCUAACCCUAACCUAACCCUAACCUAACCCUAACUUAUUUUAAUUAUUUUAAAAAUUGAUAUAAAAACGGAAAUCUUAUUUUGAAGUAUACUAUCUAGCAAUUGCCUUUUAACUAAGGACUGUGCUCUUCGCUUCUAUAACUCCUGUAUUAAUUCAAGUCUUAUCUAUUGCUCUGUAACUUGAGGAAACUGCUCAAAAACACUUUUACUUCGCAUUCUUCAACUGCAAAAGCGUGCAGCACGUAUUAUUCUAGACGCUGACUUUUCUACUCCUUCUGUUCUUCUUUUUUCCCAUAUUCGAAUAAUCCCAAUCUUUGAUCUUGUUAAAUUUAGGAAUCUUCUCUUACUAAUUAA